AUGCAAUUGCCAGUUCUCGGCUGCACUUUCCUCACGCUGUCAGAGCGUGGGGAAAGUACUGCUGAGAACCGGCAGUUGUCAGAGCAGGGAUCGGCACCGAUCAUCAGGGCACUGAUGAUCAGUGCCCUGAUGAUUGGUGCCCAGCAGUGCCGCCCACCAGUUCUGCCCACCUGUGCCCAGCAGUGCAUCCACCUGUGCCCAGCAGUGCCACCUACCUGUGCCCACCAUCAAUGCCUAGCAGUGGCGCCAGUCAGUGCCCAGCAGUGAUGCCAGUCAGUGCCACCUAUCAGUGCUGUCUAUCAGUACCCAUCAUCAGUGCCGCCUAUCAGUGCCACCUAUCUGAUGCCUCAUUUGUGCUGCCUAUCAGUGCCCUUCAGUGCUGCCUAUCAUUGCCGCCUAUCAGUGCCCAUCAGUG